CAAGGAACUCCCAUCGAUUGGAGGUGAUGUAAAGACCUUCCCCUAUCUGACAGCCAUUCGGUUCCUGAUCCUUCCGGAGGAGCUCAUCCGACCUCAGACGCACAACCAUGAACAGACUGACAAACACUGAAACUUUGAACAAUAGACCAGUAAUCGGGAUCUUAGCCCAGCACACUGUGGAUGAGCUGACUGAGGUGGCAAAGACAUACGUGGGCGCUCCCUACGUGAAGUACCUGGAGUCAGCCGGCAGCAGGGUGGCGGUGAUCAGGUUGUAUCUCAGUGAGUGCGAUUAUGAAAAGAUUUUUCAUUCAAUAAAUGGGAUCUUACUGCCGGGAGGAGCAGUGGAUUUAGUGACAUCGGAGUUUGCCCGAGUUGCUGGCAUUUUCUAUCGACUGGCAUUGAAGGCGUGUGACCAGGGGGGUUAUUUCCCAGUCUGGGGGACGUGUAUGGGACACCAGCUGCUGACAGCUUUGACAGCCGGAGAGGACCUCCUGACCCCGACUGCCAGUUACAACGUGGCAUUGACACUGGAGUUUACCGAGGAAGCAAAAUCCAGUAAAAUGUUUAAAGAUUUUUCUCCGGAUUUGAUGAGAAUUUUAUCGGAGAAACCACUGACCGGAAAUUUCCACAAGUUCAGCAUCACGGAGCAAUCCUUUGUAUCCAAUGAGAAAUUGCGAUCAUUCUACAGACUUAUCUCCACCAGCACUGACCGACACGGUGUCCCAUUCAUCUCCACAAUGGAAGCACUUGAAUAUCCAUUCUAUGGCACCCAAUGGCAUCCUGAAGCAAACCGUUUCUUAUGGAAGGAGAGUUUGGAGGCUCUUCACUGUGCCCAUGGUGUCAGGAUAUCCUACUUAUUGGCUGAGUUCUUUGUAAAUGAAGCGAGAAAGAAUCUUCACCACUUUGAGACAAAGGAAGAGGAAGAAUCUGCCUUGAUUGACUCUCACAAACCGGUUUUCCUGGGUGACAAGAGCUCCUUUAGAACUCUCUACUUCUUUGAUUAACCCCCUGUUACCUAGGCCAUGGUUAAAGACUGGAGUUCCCGUCUCUCUCUCUGUCCUGCAUCUCUCAUUGUGCAAGAGGGGCAGGUGCAGCAUGAAGGCUACGAAGCACUGAGGGCAAUGCCAUGGGUUUGUGUCCUAUCUGCUGAUCUCUCCUCCUGUCCCCCCCCGGGAAGGCAUUAACUCCUUGACUAACCCCCCCUCCCCCCACACUGUGGUAUCGCUCCCGAAUGAUCAUUCAUGAUAGUGACCGUCAGCGGGAGAUUUGAAUGUGCCGGGAUCACAGCUGAGCCUAAUCCCUGCUCUGAGCUGAUACUGGACUCUGUACAGGUACGUGUGGUGUCAGUAACUAGAACCUGAACUCAGACUGGCCCAGAAACUGGUUCGUGUGAAAUGGAAAACAGGACAUUUACAACUCAUUACUGGAAUUCACCAGGCAUGUGAAUACUUGAUGAUUACUGUCUGAUCUACUCUCUUCUUAUGUCAGAGAAAUCACUUAAUAAAACCUGAUAUGGAGA